AAAAUGAGCGCAGAUGUUCAUCAGACUCUGCUGAUCAGAGGAGAUGCUCCUGAGGAAUGGAGGCCUGAUGUGAACCAGCAGAACCCAGAGCCCCUCCACAUCAAGGAGGAAGAGGAGGAACUCUGGACCCAAUUGGAGGAAGAGCAGCUCAGUGUGAAGGAGGAGACUGAUGCCAGCAGGUUUUCAUUCACUGCAGUUCAUGUGAAGACUGAGAAUGAUGAAGAGAAGCCUCUGUUCUCACAUCUUCAUCAGCACCAAAUGGAGGACAGAGAUGUUCCAACCAGCAGCUCAGCUGACCAGAUGAAAGUAGAAGCUAAUGGGGAGGACUGUGGAGGAGCAGAAACCAGCAGGAACUCAGAUGCUUCCAACUCUUCAGAGACUGAAGUGAGUGAGGAUGAUGAAGAGGAUGAGAACAAUCCUGACUCUCAGCUGGAACACUUGUCAGACUCUGGUUCAACAGCUGAAGACAGUGACAAAGACUGGAAGGAGAGCAGAGCUCCUGAGUCAGCUGUAAACUCUGUCAACAAAUGUUUCAGCUGCUCUGAGUGUGGUAAACAAUUUUGCCACAAACAGUCUCUUCAGAGAUGCAUGACAUGUCAUUCAACAGUAAGACGUUCAAGCUGUUUGGGUCAGAAUGAAAGUGUUAGAGAGAAGAAAAGUGUGGAGACACACAGAAAAGUCCAGACAAGACCGACAUCAUUUAAUUGUGAUGAAUGUGGUAAAAAAUGUAAAAGUAUAACAAAUUUAAAAACACACAAGAUAGUACACACCGGAGAGAGGCUGUUUGUAUGUAACAUUUGUGGACAAAGAUUUACCUAUAAACACCAAUUACAUGGACAUAUGAAUCUUCAUACAAGACAGAAGCCGUUUAAAUGUGAGAUUUGCAGACAUCAAACUAACCAGAAGUCAAGUUUAAUCUCACACACGAGAGUCCACACUGGACAGAAACCUUAUGAAUGUCAGAAUUGUGGACAAAGAUUUAGCUUUAAGUCAGGUUUAAACAGACACACGAGAGUCCACACAGGACAGAAACUUUAUGAAUGUCAAAAUUGUGGACAGAGAUUUUGCCAUAAGUCAGGUUUAGACAGACACCUGAGAGUCCACAUAGGACAGAAACCUUAUGUAUGUCAGAAUUGUGGACAGAGAUUUAGCCAUAGGUCAGGUUUAAACAGACACAUGAGAGUCCACACAGGACAGAAACCUUAUGAAUGUCAGAAUUGUGGACAGAGAUUUUGCCAUAAGUCAAAUUUAAACUUGCACACGAGAGUUCACACAGGACAGAAACCUUAUGAAUGUCAGAACUGUGGACAGAGAUUUAGCCAGAAGUCAGGUUUAAACAGACACAUGAGAGUUCACACAGGAUAUAAACCUUUUGAAUGUCAGAAUUGUGGCCAGAGAUUUAGCCAGAAGUCAGGUUUAACCUCACACGUGAGAGUCCACACAGCAGCAGAACCAUAUGAAUGUGAAUUUUGUGGACAAAGAUUUAGGCAGUUGACAGAUUUAAACUUUCACAUGAGCGUCCAUACUGGGCAGAAACUACUUAAAUGUGAGCUUUGUGGACAAACGUUCAGCCAUGCUAUAACUUUAAACUUACACAUGACUGUCCACACGGGACAGAUACCGUUUGAAUUUGAGGGUUGCUGA